UAAGCAAAAUCCCAUAAACUUCUUUGUUCCUUAAACUUCUUUGUCUUUUUCUUGUCUCUCACCUUCUAUUUUUGGAUUAUUUUUCAUUUUUAUGCAAACUUUUCUUCAUUUUUUUAAACUAUGGAGAUUGCUUCUAUGAACAACAAUGAUAAGAACUCUAGUAAUAUUUUCACCAAUGGAUUAUUGUGGUUCAAGUCUUUGUAUGAGAAAUUAUUUGCUAAGAUUAUUGGAAUUGCUAAGCAAUUCAAGAAAAUCGGCAAAGAUGAUCCAAGAAGAGUGAUUCAUUCACUUAAAGUUGGAGUGGCACUCACUUUGGUUUCAUUGUUUUACUAUUUCCAACCCCUUUACAAUGGUUUUGGUGUUUCAACAAUGUGGGCUAUUAUGACUGUUGUUGUCGUCUUCGAGUUUUCAGUUGGUGCAACACUUGGAAAAGGAUUAAAUAGGGGAAUGGCAACCUUACUAGCUGGUGCACUAGGGGUUGGUGCACAUUAUUUAGCUAGUGCAAGUGGUAAAGUUGUGGAGCCAAUACUUCUUGCUCUAUUUGUCUUUCUACAAGCAUUUGCAACAACUUUCAUAAGAUUCUUUCCACAAGUGAAGGCUAGAUAUGAUUAUGGGAUGUUAAUUUUCAUAUUGACAUUUUGUUUGGUAUCAAUAUCUGGUUUUAGAGUGGAUGAAAUAGUGGACAUGGCACAUAAAAGAUUGUCCACUAUACUCAUUGGUGCUUCUGUUUGUGUUAUUAUUUCUAUAUUUGUUUGCCCUGUCUGGGCUGGUGAAGAUCUCCACAAAUUAGUGGCAAAUAAUAUGGAGAAACUUGGCAAGUUCUUAGAAGGAUUUGGAGAUGAAAUUUUUAAAUCAGCAGAAGUUGAAGAAUCAAAAGAUGCUAAAAAAUCCUUAAUAGAGUAUAAAAGUGUUCUCAAUUCAAAGAAUGCUGAAGAAACUUUGGCUAAUUUUGCAAGAUGGGAGCCAGGGCAUGGACAAUUUAAGUAUAGACAUCCGUGGAGACAAUAUUUGAAAAUUGGAGGUCUCAUUAGGCAAUGUGCAUGCAGAAUUGAUGCACUUAAUGGCUAUAUCAACUCUGAAAUCAAAGCACCAGAAGAGAUCAAGGAAAAAAUCAAAGAAACAUCAAAGGAAAUGAGCAUAGAAUGUGGGAAAGCAUUAAAAGAAUUAUCAAAUUCUGUGAGGAAAAUGAAUUUGCCAAUUUCAGCAGAUGAACAUAUCACAAAUGCAAAAAAAUCAGCCAAAAGUUUAAAUUCACUUCUCAAAACAGGAAUUAAUAAUUGGGAAGAAAUUAAUUUAUUACAAGUAAUUCCUUUGGCAACAAUUGCAUCAAUUUUAACAGAUAUUGUUAUUUGUGUUGAUGAAAUUGGACAAGGGGUUAAUGAGCUUGCUACAUUAGCUCAUUUUAAGAAAAGCAAUAAUAAAGAAAUUACUACAAAGGUGGUAGAAAAAAUAGAAUUAUCAAAUAAUAAUAUUAUCGAAGGAAGUAGAAAAGUUCAUGAUUGUUCUUCUCAUGAUGUUGUUAUUACUAUUAAUGAGUCAAAUAUGAAAUUGUGAUAUGUGUGUGUGUGUUUAAUUUGUUGGUUAAUAUAUUUACAUGAUGUAAUACUACUACCAUUUAUUUUUUCUUUGAAAAACAAAGUUAGGAUAUGUUAUACAAGUUUCACCAUUUGUGUGAUAUAUAGAGAGAGUUUCAAACUUUGUAGUAUUUAUAAAAAUGAAAUAUAUAGUGCUUUUUUUUCUA